CUAUACUUGGUUCCGUUUGGUGUCGCUACCAGUUUGAAAACGCAUACAUCGGGUUUAUACUAUAGAGUCAAAGAAAUUUCAAACGCACAUGCCUUUGUAAUACACAUUUUAAUGAAUAUUUGUUAAAUCAGGAGGCAAUUUUACAAUCGCGGUAAAUAUAGCAUAAGCCGGUCUAUAAAUUAGCAACGGACAUCAAAACCUCAAAUCAGACUCGUCUGUAACCACGAGGAUUGGUGAAACCGCGCAAUAUACGUAUUUGCAGGGAUGGCAGAAGACUCCAGCUCCGUGAAAGCCGUGGAAAAGGAGUUAAAAGAUGAUCCGGGCUCGAGCGGAGAUGCACACGCAGUGAAGCCCAAGAAAAAGAAAGCAAAGGCCGAAGGCAGGACGAAGCCUCUGCGCGGAGGGAAGGAGAAAACACACAGGAAGAUGAAAACUCCUAAAGAAGAGAGCAUGGACUUUGAAGAGAGAGGUGACAGAAGCUCUCAGGUGAACGUGAAGGAAGAGCCAGAGGAAGACUUUGUAACAAAAGGGAAAAAGAGGAAAAGAAAGGCGGAUAACACAGAUGGUCCUUCUUCUUCUACCUCUGAAGUGCCUUUACCAAAGAAGAAGAAAAACAAAGCUGCAGAAGAUGGACAGGGGAACUCAGCAAAAGCAAAGAAGAAAAAAUCCAAGGAAAAAAAAGAAAAGGUGAUAAAAGAGGAAGGAGGGCGUUCUGUCUCCGCUAAGAAGAAAAAAACAAAGGAAGAGAGAGAGGCUGCCAGGGCUCUCAAGAUUAAGAAGAAAGAAGAGGAAGAGAAACAAAGAUGGAGAUGGUGGGAAGAAGAGAAAUAUGAGGAUGGAAUAAAAUGGAAGUUUCUAGAGCACAAAGGGCCGUAUUUCCCUCCCGAAUAUCAACCCCUUCCAGAUGAUGUCAGGUUUUAUUAUAACGGACAGCCAUUGAAGCUCAGCCUGCCAGCUGAGGAAGUGGCCCUUUUCUUUGCUCAGAUGCUGGAUCACGAAUACACCACAAAAGAGGUCUUCCGCAACAACUUCUUUAGGGACUGGAGAAAGGAGAUGACUUUGGAGGAGAGACAGCUAAUAAUGGAUCUGAACAAGUGUGAUUUUGGAGAACUCCAUGCUAUGCAUAUACAGAAAGUGGAAGCCAGGAAGAACUUGAGCAAAGAGGAGAAGUUGGUUAACAAAGAGGUCAAUCAAAAAAUUGUUGAUGAGUAUGGAUAUUGUGUGCUGGACCACCAUCGUGAACGCAUUGGGAACUUUAAGAUUGAACCUCCAGGGCUUUUCCGGGGCAGAGGAGACCAUCCUAAACAGGGAAUGCUGAAGAAGAGGAUUCAGCCUGAAGACGUCAUCAUCAACUGCAGCAAGGAGUCUCGUAUCCCAGAACCCCCGGCUGGUCAUCAAUGGAAGGAAGUUCGUCACGACAACACCGUAACAUGGCUAGCAAGCUGGACCGAGAAUGUGCAAGGAUCUUGUAAAUAUGUGAUGCUCAAUGCCAACUCCAAGCUUAAGGGUGAAAAAGAUUGGGAAAAGUAUGAGGUGGCUCGCAAACUGAAGACGUGUGUGGAUGCCAUACGAGCCCAGUACCAGGAGGACCUCAAGUCCAAACAGAUGGGCACACGCCAGAGAGCCGUAGCCCUCUACUUUAUUGACAAGCUGGCUCUGAGAGCAGGUAAUGAAAAGGAAGAGGGCGAGACGGCAGACACCGUGGGUUGUUGCUCACUACGUGUGGAGCACAUCACUUUACAUGACGCGCUGGAUGGGCAGGAGUGUGUGGUAGAGUUCGACUUCCUGGGUAAAGAUUGCAUCCGCUACUACAACAAGGUCCCAGUGAUCAAAAGGGUUUUCAAAAACCUCAAGCUUUUCAUGGAAAACAAGCAAGAAGGAGACGACCUCUUUGAUCGACUCAAUACUCAAGUGCUGAAUAAACACCUGAGUUCCCUCAUGUCAGGAUUGACUGCCAAGGUUUUUAGGACAUACAACGCCUCCGUUACCCUGCAGCAACAGCUGAAAGAACUCAGCAACAUGAAGGAUAAUGCGGCAGAGAAGUUGCUCUCUUACAACAGGGCAAACCGUGCGGUUGCAAUUCUAUGUAACCAUCAGCGGGCGCCGCCAAAGACCUUCGAACAGUCCAUGGCUAACCUCCAAGCAAAGAUUGACGGCAGGAAGGAGCAGCUGGACUUGGCUAAGAAAGAGCUGAAGCAGGCCAAGAAAGAAGCCAAAGGGAGCUCAGACAACAAGCUGCUCAUUGUGGUGGAGAAGAAGAAGAAAGCCGUGCAGAGGUGCGAGGAACAGCUGCUGAAGAUGGAGGUUCAGGCUACAGACCGAGAGGAGAACAAACAGAUCGCUCUGGGCACCUCCAAACUCAACUACCUGGAUCCACGCAUCAGCGUGGCCUGGUGUAAGAACAUGGAGGUGCCGCUGGAUAAAAUAUACAACAAAACCCUAAGGGAUAAGUUUGCCUGGGCUAUUGAUAUGACUGAACACGACUUUGUGUUUUAAGCGUGGUUUGAUCAUUUUCCAGUUCAUCUCAGUAUUUUAUACAAAUGUUCAUUUUAAAAGAAAGUGUGCAUUGUUCAGUUUUUGCUGAUUUGUCACAUUUUAUGUUGUACAGUUUUUAUAUUGUUUGAUCAAAUAUUCAAGAAAGUUCAAUAAAUGUUCUUCCAUUGUA